AGAGAGAUUAAUGUUUCUUAUGGGAUAAAAGUUGUGCUUGUGUUCUCUUCCAAAUCUGUUGCGUUCAAUCUGGGCAACAAGGUGAGCCUCCAUGCCACCCACCUCUCCGCGUUUCGAAGAACUCUACGAACCAUCAUCGUGGCACGGAGGAAAUGGAGUCACACGUUAAAAACAACGCUCGCGUUCUGCUUGCCCAUCCGACUUCAGUAAAGCGAGCAAUUUCGCAGUCAGGCUGCUCUUCUCAAUGCAUGCAGCAAAAAGUUUCACCGACAGAUGAUAUCGGCAAAGGUGUUACAGAAAGUUGUAAUAAAGGGGUGACAUACGAAAAUGGAGAACCACAUUACACCUCUUCCGUGCCCCAAACGAAGGUGUUCGAAGCACUGUAUGAAAUAUCCUUCGCAGGAGCGUUAGUUCACAGAUACUUGAAGAUUCGUUUCCCGGAAAGGCAGGGCACCGAAUGUCUUGUGGUACUUCGAGAUUCCGUGCAGGUUGCAAGGUUAAUCAUCCUCCUGGGGGAGUCCAGGCUCAUGGCUUGCCCUAUAGAUGCAAACACAAUUCUGAUGGCGCAUGUGAAGUGCGGUGCUUCCACCUCGAUGGCAGAAAAGGUGGUGACAACGAUGAAGAAGUCAUUUUCCGUUGACCUGUCCACGUUAGUAUGUCGGACGUUGUCGUGCUAGUAGUAUGAAUGC